AUGAACUUCCUUCGGUGGCUUACCUUUGAGCGCCAACAAAAAGGACUGCUAUGUGAGAUAGUAUCGUCGGAUACGAUUUUGCCGGUCUACUACUUCGACGACACGCCACUUCUACGGAAUAUCGUGCAAUGCUGUACUCUUCGGUUCAAAGAAAUACUUGACCCCGAAAUGUUGCAAAGUUCUUUAUCGCGGCUCAUCGAGCGGGAGGGAUGGCGUAAGCUCGGGGGGCGUAUCCGUUUGAAUAAAGAACAAAAGUUGGAGAUUCACGUUCCUCACCUGUUCACUGAGGACCGACCCGCAGUCAAUUUCAAUCAUGAAGAGUUCCACGUCAGUAUCGAUGAGCACCAGCUGGCUUCAAAGCUACCUGCGCCCACCCCAGACGUUUUGUCAGUGCAAAGUGGCCCUCCAGAUUUUAGGAAGCUUGCGGUGCCAUCAAGUGCACCAGUGUGUCUGGAUGACUACCUUGCUUCCGACCACCCGCAAUUGGCUUUGAAAGUCGUGUCAUUUACUGACGCGACGCUUGUGUCGCUUCACUGGCCUCAUAUAACAGCAGAUGCAAUGAGUUUGCGGGACUUGGCUAUGGCCUGGAGUCUUGUGCUUGCUGGGCGAGAGUCAGAGAUUCCGCCGAUGCUGUCUUCCGGCGACGACCCGAUGGCGACUCUCGGUAAGGACCCCAUCUUCCAAGGGGCUCACAUACUUGAAAGGUAUCAAGUUAAGGGGUGGCGGUUCCUCGUUUGGGGAUUUCGCUUCCUGUUUGACUUAUUGUGGUGGCGAAAGGUGGAAACACGGACUGUGUUUCUUCCACACAGGGUUGUGAGUCAACUGCAAAAUAACACAUUAAGUUCAUUUCGGGUAAAUGUUGAGAGUGAUGUAACGACUGAGAGCCGGGUUCCUUUCAUCAGCGAGGGGGAUGUUGUGACAGCAUGGAUGUCAUUGAUCGCAGCGUCGGCUCUUCUGCCCUUGAAGUCGCCGCGGACUGUUGGCAUUAGCAAUGCGUUCGAUCUUCGUUCUCGCCUACCAUCCAUAUUCUCAGUCAAACAGGAGGAGGGCAGCUAUGUGCAAAAUGCCGUCUUUCCGUGUUGGACAAAUAUCAAUGCUUGUGAACUUAUUGGAAAGAGUGACGCUCUUGGAGUUGCAGCUCUUAAGAUCCGUAAAAGCAUCGAGACACAAACCACCGAAGCCCAAGUUCAUGCUUUGGCACGCCUCACUCGAGUAUCACUGGCAAAAACAGGCUUGCCACCAAUGUUUGGCGAUACGAGUUCUUUCUUGAUUACAGCAUCGAACUGGUCAAAAGCUCGACUUUUUGAGAUGGUUGAUUUUGGCCCUGCAAUUCAAUCACAUAGUGCUUGGAAGGAUAAGCAAUGCACCUUGACUAAGAACAGCCAAGAUGUCAGUCAGAAGAUUGGAUCUGUUUCUCAGGCUGUCAAAUGUAACCCGGUGUACUAUCAUGUUGACAAUGUGAGCCCGAAUAACAUGUUAGCACGGAAUGCCUUCUUUUUCGCGUGUACGCCGAAUGGUGAUUACUGGGUCAAUGGAUGCUUCCCCAUUGCCGUCUGGAAAGCGAUAGAGAAAGGAAUCGAUGACAGCUACCUACUCAGCCAAAAAAGCCAAUGCUAA